AUGUCUGUGCAAAAUGGAAAGAAGUCUAGUAAAAAGAGGAAGUCUGCAGAGAUUACGGAUGAUUCUUUCGACAGAAGAAAAGCAAAAGAGGGACUUAAAGGCCAGUCGGCUGUUAAAUUUGCAAAAUUCCCUACGAUUCAUAAGAACGGCGUGAAAAAUUCAGCGGCUGUCUUACAAUCGAAUGCAGAUGUCAAAUCGCAACCACAAGAAAUUGAUUUACCGAGAGGUGGUGCUUCCUCGCGUUCGUCCGUGUUCAGAAAGGAAAAAAAGGUCGAUGAGGAUGAUCUUUUUGAUAAAGAUUCGGAAGAGCAAGUGAAAAUUCCGGUCAAAAAAAGAAGUAGGACUUCCAAAUCGAAAUCGGACAUUCCCAAAGUUUCCGACACGGGGAACCCGGGAAGUUCUAAGAAUAAGAAUGAAAAGUUUGUAGAAAUAUUAAACUUUCAUCAUCUUACCGUCGGUGCACUAUUAUUUGGACAAAUUAUAAGAAUAAAUUCCUUGGAUCUGGUUGUGUCACUUCCAAACCAAAUGAAAGGAAUUGUCAAGAUCUCUCACAUCUCUGAUCAGAUAUCCAAUAAUAUAGCCAAGGCUGCAAAGUUAGAGGGCGAAGAUGAUGAAAAUUUAUUGCCGGAUUUAUCAAAAUUGUUCCACAUUGGUCAGUGGGUUCACUGUGUAGUUAGUGGUCUUGUACGACGUGACGAAGCACCUAACAAUGCUUUAAAGCAUAACCAACAUAACACCAUCGAACUGAGUUUGAUUCCAAAAGAAGUCAAUCGCGAUCUCAGCCUCUCCGAUUUAUCCAAAGGUUUUAUUAUUGCAGCAUCUGUCGAGAGUUUGGAAGACCAUGGUUACAUCCUUUCUAUUGGGAUAAAUGGUGUCAGUGGAUUCUUACAUAACAAGGACGCGAAGAGUUAUGAGGAUAAAUUCAAUGAUGGUCGUCCCCUUUCCAUCGGGCAGCUGUUGAAUGUUGGUGUCAUGAAGAUUCCAGACAAACACCGAGUUAUCCAGUUCACGGCAGAUCCGGAAAUUGUUGUGAACUCAGUGUUACCCGAGAAUGCCUUGCGUAAUAUCAACACCAUGAUUCCAGGAAAUUUGGUUAAAACACGCGUAGAUAGUAUUCUCAAAAAUGGUAUCUUGUGCAACGUGAACGGCAUAGAUUGUGAGAUCGACAUAUUUCAUUCAGGAAAUGCCUUGUUAGGGAAUCAGGAUGUUAAUGAGGGUGACGAAAUUCGGGCUAGGGUCAUCUAUGUGUCAAUCACAAACGAAACAAAAAAAUUCAGGUUGUCACUUUCCCCGCAUGUCUUACGUCUGGAAUAUUUGGAAAAUCGUGAUUCUCCGAUUGGAACAAUUUUCGAGUCGGUCACCAUUAAAAAGGUCAUCACUAAUUUUGGGUUAAUAAUGAAGAUCGAGGAUUCGAAUAUACCAGGGUAUAUUCACGUUUCACGAGUUUCCGAUACUCGUGUCAAUUCUUUGUCCGAUUUUUCUAUCGACUCGACACAUCGUGCUCGCGUGAUCGGCUAUUCAGUUGUGGAUGGUCUUUUACUAUUAUCCAUGCAGAAUUCAGUGCUUA